GAUCACUUGUGUUUGUCUUCAAUCGUUUUCUUCGGUCAUGCCCCGGGAUAUGGCGUCUCUUCGGCUUCAUUGACAUUACGCUUUCGCGGCCUUGGUGGUGGUGGGAUUUGGAUGUAUCUGGUUUUGGUUUUGGGGUUUGGAAUUGUGGUUGGAUUAUUGCAUGGUUAGGCGCGAGUGGGAUUUGAAAGGUUGGUGUGAAUGUUGGUGUUGGUGUUGGUGUUAAGAGGGAAGGAGGAAGAGGAGGUUUUAACGGGGCAGGUUGGUAGAGCAGGGGCUAGGGAUGGAUCGAGUGAAGGGAGAGUCUGAGUCGGGGGUAAAGGAUUGUGGCUUGAGGACGCGUUUUUUUGGUUUUUUGAGGAUUGAGGGUAUCGGGGGGAGGGGGAGAGAAGGUAGCGCGCGGGUUUGCGUUUCCUAGGGUUCUGGUAGUGGUUAUAGAGGGUUUGGUUGGUCGCGAUUGGUGAGGUCUGCGGUGGCGCGUUCAUGAAGGAGGUCAUAGUGGGUGCUUCAGAGGUUUGAUUGCGGCUGAAAAAAACGGCUUUGUUGGAGUUGGUCUUUAUUUGUAGGGGCUCGAAAUCAAGUUGUACGUCAGCAGUCGUGGGGUAGUGGUGGAGGAGCGCACCUCGACGGCCCCAGGUACUUUUCAAGUUUUCAUGUCCAGCUCGUCUGCCUCUGUAGCACCAUCGUCUGCGCCACGAGAACAAUUCAGAGACACGUCCUUGCGACAUGGAGCUGCAGGAGGCAGUGGCCACUUUCAUGGGAGUAAAGACAAUGAAACUGAUGUUGCGAAGGAACAAAUUCCAAAGCUCAACCCAUAUGCCAAAGAGUUUGUGCCAAUUCCUGCAGCCUCGGAUUCAUUUUUCCAUGUCGGAGAGCCAAUUGACCAAGACAUGUUUUCUGGAAACAGCCUCAAUUCUGGAUCGGGGUCUGGAUCGGGACCAGAACCAGGGCGAAAGGGUCGUCAUGAAACAGUUCAUGCAAGUGUGAGUAGGCCCAUAAACGUUAAUGGAAAGCCACGUCCAUCUUCCAAGUCAAUCACUUCUCCAGCCAGAAAUGGAUCAGGAAAGUCUUGGCAGCACAGUGGCAACGCAGGCACCACUCCCCCUGGCAGUAAAAAGAGCCAAACUUUGAGGGCUGCCAAUCAUCUUUUGAAUUUUCAAUAUGACCCUAUCCAAAGGCCCCCCCCACGAUCCCACCACCAGCCUCCUCCUCGACGGCAAAAGCGGAUACAACCUUACAACAAGGAGUUGUUUCUGCAGGCGAACUUCAGAUUUUUGGUUUCUGAUUUGGCCGACUAUUCUCUCAAUGCAAGUGAUCCUGACAAGAUGUUGCAGUGGGAAGAUGUUGUUGCAGUCAAUGUGACAGCUCCAAUUCCAGUGCAGUGUCCCAUUUGUCUUGAUACUCCCCCCUUAUGUCCCCAGAUCACGUCAUGUGGCCACAUAUUCUGCUUCCCCUGCAUCUUACAUUACAUGAUGCUGGGAGAUCAGCUCAGGGACCCUUGGAAAAAGUGCCCUCUUUGCUUCGCCAUGAUCUCUGUGAAGGAAAUGCGCACUGUGAUCAUCAGUUCAGUGCGGCAUUAUAGUUCGGGGAAUUCUAUAAGGUUCAACCUGCUCACCCGUGCUAAGAAUUCUAUAACCCCUUUCGAGAAAAACAAAGGCUCUUUAGGUGCUCUGGCAUACAGUGAUGAAGGCGAAUUUCAUCUGUUUUCAAAGUUUACCCUUACUUCUGAAGCUGAGAGUAUUACCGACAAGGCUGUAGCGGAGCUUACCGAGUGGGCUAGACGUGCUGAGGUACAGGGUGGUGAAGAUCUAGGCGUGGUCCCAUUCGUAUUUGGAGCUAUAGAUCAGCUCCAUGAACGGAAGCAAGCUUGGAUAGAACACCGUAAUCUGGACUUUUUAUCCAGCAGUCAUCCAGUGCGACAGCGUAUUCUUUCGCAGCCAAAGGCGGGGCUCUCUAAGUCUCUUGAAGGCAAUUCAGUCCAUUCACUGAACGGUACGGAUGGUGGUGGAAAUAGGGUAGGAGUUGUGGGAUCUGUUUCAGUGAAUGUCGAUAUAGUAAAGGAUGUAUUGUCGAAACGGUAUCCAGGUGGGAAUAAGGGGGUUGACUUAGUAGCUGAAACUGAAGCUGCUAUGAGCAAGUUGAAAGAGGAAGCUGGAUGGGUUUAUGAGAGUGCUUUUGCAGAUGAUGCAGAUAUAGUUAUCUCAAAAGGAAAAGAGCCAGAGUCUGAGAAAGCUGUUUCAGUACUAGAAGAAUACGUUGCUGUAGAGAUGGACGGUGAUUCAGGCGUGCAGCCAGAUUGGGAGGAUAUUGUUGUGGAGUCUCCAGAAAUUACGGAUCCCGUGGCAGUUGUCUCCGAUGUUGAUAAGAAACAUAAGGAUGUAAAACGAGACCAAGAAGAGUCGGAUACGUACACAUUUUAUCAGUCUGCAGAUGGGCAAUUCUUGAUCCUACAUCCCCUCAACAUGAAAGUUUUGCUUCAACAUUAUGGAGACUAUGAGUCUUUGCCUUCGAGUAUAGAGGCAGAUAUUGUAGAAUUGGAACCUGUAACACAGACGGAGGGAACUCGGAAGCGAUAUCGCUAUCUUAGUCACCUGCCAUUAACGGCCAACUUUCAAUUAUGCGAGGUGGAUUUGAAUGGGAUGCUACCUCCUGAGGCGUUCUCCCCUUUCUCAGAAGAGAUUCGCGUUCGUCAGCAGAGACGUCGUCGAGCCAUUAAGCUGGAAAAGAACGAGAGGGCUAGAGAGGAGCGUCUGGCAGCUUUCACGGCAUCACAACCAAGGGCUCCGACUCCUGCUGACUUUGCAGCAUACAUGGGAUCUUUGCAGAUUGAAGAGCCUGUGAGCAGUGGCUUCGAUCUUGGUGAACCAACGGUUGUAACCGCAAGUCCACCAAGUGACAGCCGAUCGUUGUUUUCCAAUGUCGCAAAAAUGGGAUUUGCCUCUGGCUACGACGCGCCGCAACUUGUUCCUUUAGAGUCGGUUCUUUCUACUCCGUGGGGCUCAUCUGCAGCAUCCUCAAGCUCAAGCCUCUCUAAAGGGGAGGCAGGUGGUCAUGGAUCAUCUAGUUUGUCAUUUGCAGACAAAAUUAAAGCACAGGCCCCUGCAAAACCAACUGCCGAAGAGGGUAAUGGUUCAGUAGGGAAGAAUAGCAAAAAGAAUAAGAAAGGUUCCAUGGUUUUACUUUCCACCGCAGGCGGCAGGCGAUAUUGAUAAAACCUAAGAGCAUUUCUUUCCUAAUGAAGAGCACAUGCAACUGAAAUCAAAAGUUCUGUAUCAUCAUCCUCUGUAGGUGAAGUCCAACCAGACGUGUAGUAAUCAGCUGAAGCAGAGAAGAAGAUUUAAAGGUAAGAUAGUGGUAAGAGUUGGUGUGUUGUGUUUUUUUUUAAUUGUCAAGUUCAUAAUGUUGGCGCUAAAGUAGAAGGGUCUUUUCCAGCCUUUGUAGUUACUUAAUAGAAGUAUCUAUUCCUUGCUGUUUUUCUUAAUGUAGGCGACUCAGUUCCUGGCAUUGUGCAGUGUAACAUGUGUCAUCUGUUUGAUAACCCUUUAAUUGGUUUUUAUGUAAAAAAUUUAGGGUGUUCGAAGGUCAGACGACAAUGAACUUGAGAUGCCUGUUAUUUGAGGGUAUAAAACUGGAGUAUAAUGUGGACGUAUGGUCUGUCGUGACAGUUGGUGACAAAAAAUUAUCUGUAAGUUAGUUGCCCGUACUCUGGAAAGCUGAGGGUUUUGAUUGGUUCGACCUCAACCUCUUGUUCUGCCUUAAUAUCUUAUUUUCCAAGUUUCACAACACAAUACGGGAGACUGAAUCUUCAGUUAAAUUUUGUUGCAAAAUCUUGUGGAGUAACUCUACAAGAAAGUACUCACUACACCUUGGGUCCUACGUGAGAGGAUUUGAAUUCUCGAAAUAUCUUAUAUGAAUGAGUUAUACUUUUGAUCCAACGUA